AUGUCAUGCAGCAAAAAUGACAAGGCUUCAUCCAGCAACAUCUCCAAGCCUAAGCAACCUUUAAGUAGGAGCCUUCCAGAUCCAGGCCUCUCACCAAUUGUUCCCACUGCUCAACUCCAAGAAGAACACUCAAAUUUACAGAUAAGACUUCAAGAAGCUAUACAGAGGAACAUUAUGAACCAACUCCCAUCUUUAAUAGCAAAUUGUCUAGCAGAAAAUACCAGCUCUGCGAAUUUUUCUUCUGAAUACAUACCCCUGAGUCCAGGCCUUAAGGAAUGUAUGGAAUCUCAAAUGACAUCUCUAAAAGAAAUAAAAAAUGAUAUAGCUACUAUCAAAGAUUUUCAGAAUUUCCAAUCUGAAAAAAUAAGAGAUCUGGAAGAUUUAGUAUACGAUCUUGAGGAAGAAUUGUUUUUCGUAUCCGAUAAAUUGGAGGACCAAGAACGUCGUUCCAGAUUGGAUAAUUUGGAAUUCCAUGGUAUCGCCCCCCAAGAGAACGAGGACACUGACAAUCUGAUAUUGGAACUGGGAAAAACGAUCAAUGUCGAUAUAAAACAUUCCGACAUAUCUGUAACCCACCGCAGUCCAACGCAUAACUCCAACAUACAUAAACCUAUCAUCGCUAAAUUUACAAACCGGAAAAUCAGAGCAAGAAUCCUCAAAAAUCGCCAUCUUUUGAAAACCGCUGCAAAUUCAAGAAUAAGAAAUAUUUCCAGAGUUUUCAUCGUUGAGAACCUGACAGAUAAAAACAAGAACUUGUUUUAUCAAGCAAAAGUUAUGAAAAGACGAUGUGGCUAUGCCUUUUUAUGGACAUCAAAUGGAAAGGUAUUAAUAAAGAAAAACAAAGACACAAACACUUUACCUAUAACAGAUGAGGAUGACUUGGACAAAAUAAGAUAA